AACUUCACAACUUUUUCCCCAGGUUAUCUUUAUUGCGUUGGAUAGACACGUGAAAAAUGUGGUAUCUACAUAUUCCCUUGAACAUAAAAGCACCAAUGACCUCUACGAUUCCAUUAUUCACUUAUUGGAUGAGCCGAUGCCCCUGCAUAAGAAUAUUUCCAAGCUGUUCCAAGAACUUGUGUACUGCAUCGGCAUCUUGCAAACUUCCAUCUACCAACAUAUGCUGAAAGAAGAAGAGCAGGUUUUUCCACUGGUGAUACAAAAAUUACCUACCGAAGAACAGGCUUCGCUUGUGUGGCAAUUCAUAUGUAGUGUUCCUAUAAUAUUGCUGGAGGAACUUUUGCCAUGGAUGGUAUCCUUCCUUUCCGAAGAGAAACAAGCAGAAGUCACUCAGUGUAUAAAUGAAAUUGCACCAAUGGAAAAAACACUCCAAGAGGUUUUGGUUUCUUGGAUUGGAAGCAACAAACAAAGCUUCACUGAAGUCUCUUUUAAGGAUGAAGUUCAAGGUGGUGCUCAAUCCUUAGAUAUUGCAAGAUCAUUUCCGUUGGGUUCUUGCAAUAGGAACUUCAAAGAACUUUCAAGUCAGAUGGAAGUGAAUGGCCCAAAAGACAAAGAUGGGACAACCCAGAAUUUAGAAUCACUGCUUAUCCAACUGAAAUUCUUUGCUGAUGUCCUCACGUUCUACAGCAAUGCUCAGAAAAGAUUAGUAUUGAAGAAACUUGCUGGUGACUGGUUGUCAAAGUCUACGGAAAACUUUUGUGAUGUAAGUCACAUUGAAGAUUUACAGCAGUUGUUAUUCUAUAGAUCGGAAAGUGGAAUGCCUUUGUGCGAAUUCGUAGGGAACCUUUGUCAAAAACUUGAAUCAUUCGUAUCAAGGCUCAGAAAACAAUUCGCCUUUCAAGAAAAUGAGGUAUUUCCUGUCAUUAGAAAGAAUUGCAGCAAUGGGAUGCAAGAGGGACUUCUGAGCUUGAGCCUGUAUAUGAUGCCACUUGGGUUAGUAAAGGGUGCUAUAACUUGGUUUUCAGUUCACCUGCCUGAAAAAGAAUCCAGGUCCAUUCUCUAUUUCAAAAAGAAAGGAAAUGAUGUUGCCUGUAAAGGUUUUGCAUCGCUCUUACAAGAGUGGUUCCGCAUUGGGUAUUCAGGUAAAACUGCUAUUCAAAAAUUCCGACAGGACUUGCACCAUAUGUUCAAAAGCAAAUACUCUUUCUUACCUGAGCAAAUCAAGAAAGCGCCUGGGUUUUCUUUAAAUUCUGACUGCCUGCCUCAUAAGGUCUCUAGCAAGAUGUGUCUGUCCUAUCCCUCACCUUCGGGAUCCAACAAGUACGACACACCAUACUCCACAGGAAUUAAUCUGCAUAUACUUUUUCCGGCCACAGUUGUUAAGUUGCAUCAGAAGCUGGGAUGCCAUGCGGCAAAUAGUUCUUCUGUUUCCUUUCUUGAAGAUCCAAAACCAAUUGACAUAAUAUUUUUCUUUCACAAGGCUAUCAAGAAAGAUUUGGACUACCUAGUUCUUGGCUCAGCUCAGUUAGAAGACAAUGCUGAGUUGCUUAUGGAUUUCCACAAGCGAUUCCACAUCAUAUAUUUUCUUUAUCAAAUCCAUAGUGAUGCAGAGGAUGAAAUAGUUUUCCCAGCUUUGGAGGCAAGUGGUAGGCUAAAAAACAUUAGCCAUGCCUACGCUUUCGAUCACAAUGUUGAAGUUAAACACUUCAAUAAAAUAUCCCACAUCCUUCAUAAGAUGUCUGAAUUAGAUAUUUCGGUUUCUACAUCCUUGGUAAGGUAUCAGCAUUUAUGUAGGAAGCUGCAACAAAUCUGCAAAUCAAUGCAUAAAUCACUUUCAGGCCAUAUUGACCGGGAGGAAGCAGAAAUUUGGCCUCUAAGUAGAGAAUUCUUCUCAAAUAAGGAGCAAGGGAAGAUCAUAGGAUGCAUGCUUGGAAGAAUAGGAGCACAGAUAUUGCAAGAUAUGAUACCUUGGCUAAUGGCAUCGUUAACACAGAAAGAACAGCAUGUUUUAAUGUUCUUAUGGUCCAUGGCUACUAAAAAUACAAUGUUCAACGAGUGGCUAAGUGAAUGGUGGGAUGGGUACAGUAUAACUAAGCCAGAAGAGGGAACAAAGCAUGCACUUAAAGAGACUGUUGAGCCACUGGAGAUAAUAUCUAAAUACUUUUCUGAAGAAGUUCUUGAUGAAUUACAAGAAGAACCCUCAUCCAACACAAAUACUGAUUUUCAUCAGAAGGAUCAUAUUGGUGAUAAUGUCCAGCUGUCUAACAACAAAUUUGAUGGCACAGUUAAGGUUCAAGCUGCAGCACAGAAUAAAAAUGAAAUUUCAAAAUCCACAAAUCGUUUUCAUGAUAACAACAAACAUGGUUGGAAUCAAGAAAAGGAAGGAAUCACAAAUCCAAUCAAAAUUGAAGAUCAAUCAUUUCAAUUUCGUCACAAUUCCAGGCAUUAUGACCGGCUUCUGAAACUGAGUCAAGAUGAUCUGGAGAAAGCAAUAAGAAGGGUAACUCGCGAUUCCUCCUUAGAUCCUCAAGAAAAGUCAUACAUAAUACAGAACCUGCUAAUAAGCCGUUGGAUUAUUAGACAGAAGAUAUCCUUUACAGAAGUUGAUGUCAAAAAUGAUGAGCAGGAAUUUCCUGGGAAGCAUCCAUCCUAUAGGGAUCCUCUCAAACUAAUUUAUGGUUGCAAACAUUACAAGAGAAACUGUAAGAUUUUUUGCCCCUGUUGCAACCAACUUCAUACUUGCAUACAUUGCCAUAAUGAGGUAUCGGACCAUAUAAUUGACAGGAAAUCUAUUACAAAAAUGAUGUGCAUGGAGUGCUUAAACAUUCAGCCCAUUAAUGCCACAUGCUCAACUUCUUCCUGCAAGUUAACCAUGGCAAAAUAUUACUGCUGGAUCUGCAGAUUAUUUGAGGAUGAAAAGGAAAUUUACCACUGUCCCUAUUGUAACCUGUGCCGAGUUGGGAAGGGAUUGGGUACCACGUACUUUCAUUGCAUGAGUUGCAAUGCAUGUAUGUCGCGUAGUCUUUUGGUACACACAUGCCGGGAAAAACAUUUAGAGGACAACUGUCCAAUUUGUCAUGAAUAUAUCUUCACAUCCCUGGCUCCGGUAAAAGCCCUUCCAUGUGGUCAUGUGAUGCACUCAGCAUGCUUUCAGGAAUAUACCGGCUUUAACUAUACCUGCCCCAUAUGUAGCAAGUCAAUUGUAGACAUGCAGGACUAUUUUAAGAAGUUAGAUUCUUUAUUGGCCGAAGAGAAAAUGUCUGAUGAGCUUUCCAGUCGAACUCAGGUUAUAUUAUGUAAUGACUGCGAAAAGAAAGGAGUAGCUCCCUUCCACUGGCGUUACCACAAAUGCCCUUAUUGUGGUUCCUACAACACCAGAGUUCUAUGAGACUUCCACUAUGAGAAUAAUAAGUACCUGCGUCUCCUUAGCUUCUGUGUAUUAAAACAUUAUAUUGUACUUUAUGUUUUGAAGUUUGCCUUCUAUGGCAUAGGCCAAAAUAAUAGUAUUCUGAUGCAAAAACAGUUAUCUUGUUACCUAUGAGAUGUACUGAUUUAAAAUCUAAUCUUGCUCCGCAAUUAUCAAGAA